AGCUGUCCGCGCCCCGUCCGCGCCUCCCCCGCGCCCCGCCGCCCGCAUUCCAACUCUCUGAGGUCACGGGCCGCCGCCGCCUCCCCGGAUCCGCCCGGCCGGCCCGGGGGGAGGGACGCGCGGCCGCUCUCCGCUGCUCCGGCCGCUCUCUUUGUGCGGCGCUCGGGGGGGUUAUGGUGUGCGGGCCGAGCCCGCCGCGGCAGGAAGUGAGGCGGCCGAGCCCCAGCAGCGCGCCCCGGCGCGGGCCGGCCGGCGGGUGCGGCGCGGCGGGGCCCCGGGAGGCGGGUCGCUGAGCCGGGCGCGCGCGGCCCCGAGGAUGCGAGAGCCCGAGCAGCACUGGCGUGGACGUUGCCUUCUCGGGGCCCCUGGAGACUCAGCUGCGUUUUGAUGGCGGCAGCAGCUGCGGGCUGAGCAGCCCUGCAUCCGGAUUGCAUCCGUUCCUGGAGAGGAUCGCUGUCUGCCCCCGGCCCCGCCGCCUUGCGGGCGGAACUUGCCCCUCGUGCCUGUGCACGCUUGACGGGGGGAGAAGAUGCCACUGCCGUUCGGACUGAAACUCAAACGCACCAGGCGCUACACCGUGUCCAGCAAGAGCUGCCUGGUGGCGCGCAUCCAGCUGCUGAAUAACGAGUUCGUGGAGUUCACGCUGUCGGUGGAGAGCACUGGCCAGGAGAGCCUGGAGGCGGUGGCGCAGAGACUGGAGCUGCGGGAGAUCACUUACUUCAGCCUCUGGUACUACAACAAGCAAAAUCAGCGCCGAUGGGUCGACUUGGAGAAGCCCCUGAAGAAGCAGCUGGAUAAGCACGCGCUGGAGCCUACGGUCUAUUUCGGAGUGGUGUUCUAUGUGCCUUCCGUUUCACAGCUGCAGCAGGAGAUUACCAGGUAUCAGUAUUAUUUGCAGCUGAAGAAAGAUAUCUUGGAAGGAAACAUUCCCUGUUCCUUGGAACAAUCGAUUCACCUUGCGGGCUUCGCAGUGCAAGCUGAUUUUGGUGACUUUGACCAGUAUGAAUCCCAGGACUUCCUUCAGAAAUUUGCCUUGUUUCCUGUGGGGUGGCUGCAAGAUGAAAAGGUGCUGGAAGAAGCAACCCAGAAAGUGGCCUUACUGCAUCAGAAAUACAGAGGGCUCACGGCUCCUGAUGCCGAGAUGCUGUACAUGCAGGAAGUCGAGCGGAUGGAGGGCUACGGGGAGGAGAGCUACCCGGUGAAGGACAGCCAAGGCAACGACAUAUCUGUGGGUGCCUGCCUGGAAGGGAUCUUUGUGAAGCACAAGAACGGAAGGCCUCCCGCGAUAUUCAGGUGGCAUGAUAUCGCCAACAUGUCCCACAACAAGUCCUUUUUUGCACUCGAGCUGGCAAGUAAAGAAGAGACCAUCCAGUUUCAAACUGAAGACAUGGAAACGGCCAAAUAUGUGUGGAGACUCUGUGUGGCACGGCACAAGUUCUACAGACUGAAUCAGUGUACCCUGCAAACUCAGACUGUCACGCUGAACCUCAUUAGGAGGAGAUCGUCUUCCAGAAUGUCUCUGCCUAAACCCCAGUCCUACGUGAUGCCUCCCCCACCACAGCUGCAUUAUAACGGACACUAUACGGAACCGUACACAUCUUCCCAAGACAACCUCUUCGUGGCCAGCCAGAACGGCUACUACUGCCACUCGCAGACCAGCCUGGACCGAGCCCAGCUGGACCUGAGCGGCCGCAUCCGCAACGGCAGCGUCUACAGCGCGCACAGCACCAGCUCCCUGAACAACCCGCAGGCCUACCUGCAGCCCUCGCCCAUGUCCUCGAACCCCAGCAUCACGGGCAGCGACGUGAUGCGGCCCGACUACGUGCCGUCGCACCGGCACAGCGCGCUCAUCCCGCCGUCCUACCGGCCCACGCCCGACUACGACACGGUGAUGAAGCAGCUGCAGCGCGCCGCGGGGCCCGAGCCGCGGCACAGCCACUCGCUGCGGAACCUCAACAUCGGCAGCUCGUGCGCCUACAGCCGGCCCGACGCGGCGCUCGUCUACAGCCAGCCCGAGAUCCGCGAGCGCGCGCCGCUCGCCUCGCCGCCCGCCGCCGCGGCGCACGGCCCCUUCCCGCUCAGCUACAGCUUCCACAGCCCGUGCCCGUACCCGUACCCGGCCGAGCGGCGGCCCGUGGUGGGCGCCGUGAGCGUGCCCGAGCUCACCAACGUGCAGCUGCAGGCGCAGGAGUCGCCGGCCGCCGCCAACAUCCUCAAGACGCACGUGUACCGGCCGCCGCCGCCCUACCCGGCGCCGCGGCCGGCCAACAGCACGCCGGACCUGUCGCGCCACCUGUACAGCAGCAGCAGCAACCCGGACCUCAUCACGCGCCGCGUGCACCACUCGGUGCAGACGUUCCAGGAGGCCAGCCUGCCCGUGGCGCACUCGCUGCAGGAGGUGAGCGAGCCGCUGACGGCCGCGCGCCACGCGCAGCUGCAGAAGCGCAACAGCAUCGAGGUGGCGGGGCUGGCGCACGGGCUGGACGGGCUGCGGCUCAAGGAGCGCACCAUGUCCGCCUCGGCGGCCGACGUGGCCCCGCGGGCGACCCCCGCCGCUGCGGGCUCCCAGCCCUGCCUGGCUGCCACCGCUGCCGUCGCCGCCGCUGCUGCCGCUGCGGCCACCGACGACGCCACCGCCGCCGACCUGUGCUAUGGACACAAGAAGUCGCUCUCGGACGCCACCAUGCUCAUCCACAGCAGCGAGGAGGAGGAGGACUUCGAGGAGGAGAGCCGGGCCCGCCUGGCCCCCGCGUCCCCGCGCGGCCCCUACCCGCCCGACCUGCAGCCCUGUUACGCCGCCGCCACCACCGCCGUGGGCCCCCUGCACAUCCUGGAGCCCCCGGGCCACGUGCCCGAGCAGCGGGGCAGGGCCCUGGCCGGGGACGCCCCGCGGCUGCUGACGCCGUCCAUGUCCGAGUCGGACCUCACCACGUCGGGCAGGUACCGCGCCCGGAGGGACUCGCUGAAAAAGAGGCCCGUGUCCGACCUCCUGUCCGGGAAGAAGAACGUGGUGGAGGGACUCCCGCCGCUGGGGGGAAUGAAAAAGAGAGAUGCAAAGAAGAUCGGUCCUCUCAAGUUGGCUGCUCUGAACGGACUGUCCCUCUCCAGACUGCCUCUGCCGGAUGAAGGGAAGGAGGUACCUGCCCGAGCGACCAACGAUGAGCGGUGUAAAAUCCUGGAGCAGCGGUUAGAACAGGGCAUGGUGUUCACGGAGUAUGAACGGAUUCUUAAAAAGCGGCUGGUGGACGGGGAGUGCUCCACAGCACGACUCCCCGAGAACGCAGAAAGAAACCGCUUCCAAGACGUCCUUCCCUACGACGACGCCCGCGUGGAACUGGUCCCGACGAAAGAGAACAAUACCGGGUACAUCAACGCAUCCCAUAUUAAGGUCUCUGUCAGUGGGAUUGAAUGGGAUUACAUCGCCACCCAGGGGCCGCUGCAGAACACCUGUCAGGAUUUUUGGCAGAUGGUGUGGGAGCAGGGAAUCGCCAUCAUCGCCAUGGUGACAGCAGAGGAGGAGGGCGGAAGGGAGAAGAGCUUUAGGUACUGGCCACGACUUGGUUCCCGGCACAACACCGUCACCUACGGAAGGUUCAAGAUCACCACACGGUUCCGCACCGACUCUGGCUGCUACGCCACGACAGGCUUGAAGAUGAAGCACCUUCUCACGGGGCAGGAGCGGACCGUGUGGCACCUCCAGUACACCGACUGGCCCGAGCACGGCUGUCCGGAGGACCUCAAGGGGUUUUUAUCGUACCUGGAGGAGAUCCAGUCUGUCCGCCGCCACACCAACAGCACGGGCGAGCCCCAGAGCCCCAACCCUCCGCUGCUGGUGCACUGCAGCGCGGGCGUGGGCAGGACCGGGGUGGUCAUCUUGUCCGAGAUCAUGAUUGCCUGCUUGGAACACAACGAGGUACUGGACAUCCCCAGGGUACUGAUCAUGCUGCGGCAGCAGAGGAUGAUGAUGGUGCAGACGCUGUGCCAGUACACCUUCGUGUACCGCGUUCUCAUCCAGUUCCUGAAGAGCUCCAGGCUCAUCUGAGCUCCUGCCCGCUCCCGGCCGUGUGGGAUGUGUUUACAGUGCGGGAAACCAAGCGUUUGCCGGACUCCUGGUUUUCUCCUCGACCCUCAUUCACCGCGCAUGGCACGACACGUCUGACAUGUCCUGGAAGGCCGGAGA